AGGCAGCGCGCGCAGGCGGCUGCUGCGGCCGGACGCUCCGUGCCUCGGCGCGCUUGCGGGGGCGCUGGCGCGGGGGCGGCGGUGGGAGCGCGUACUGGAGGUUCUCGCUGGCAUGGACCGUGCCGCCCUGCAGCCUUCUUUGGCCGCGCGCAGCUCCGCGGUGGACGCCUGCGGCCCUGCGGCCGAUGGCGGUUUCGACAGACUGCGGUCGCCGGACCUGAAGGCGCUGAGCGCCGCCGCCGACGCCUGCGGCCGGGGCACGGCGUGGCCGCUGGCGCUGGAGCUGCUCGGGCCGCGCCUGGAAAGCCUCCGGGUGCGGCCAGACGCCGCCGCCUGCAACGUUGCCGCGGGCGCCUGCCAGCGGGGCGCCCACUGGGCGGGCGCGCUCUGGUGCCUCGAGCGCGCUCGCGGCGCCCGGCUCCGCCCCGACGCCGUCGGCUUCGGGGCCGCGCUUGGCGCGCUGCAGGGGUCCCAUGGCGCCUCGUCGCGGCCCUGCUCGAGGAGAUGCGCGCUGCGCAGGUUGGGCGCCCUCCGGCCGGCGGCAUGUGCCGGGGCGCGGCGAUCGCCGCUUGCGGCGUGGGCCACGCCUGGGAGGCCGCUCUGUGGCUCCUGGCGGCGAGCCCGCCGCGGG